AUGUUGCUAAAUUCAUCUUUUGUUUCACUUCCUAGUUUCUUGAAACCUCAACAACUACCAAAAACUAAAUUUCCUAGUUUAAAUGCUUCUCUCCUUUCAUGUUAUGCUACUAGUUCAAAUAUUUCUCAAAGAAAGUCAGUCAAUUACCAACUCAAUAUUUGGAAUUACGAUAGUUUAUUAUCGUUAAAACACGAUUAUGCGGAUGUCCAGUACGUGAAUAGGAGCAAGAGAUUGCAAGAGGAACUUCUUCGAGAAUUUGGAUAUGAUAUUUCUGCAGAUGUUUUUGAGAGGUUUAAAGACCACACUGGAAAUGGAAAUUUUAAGGCAUGUCUUGUGGAAGAGGUAAAAGGGAUGCUAAGUUUGUAUGAGGCGUCGUUUAUGUCUUAUGAGGGAGAAAACAUUUUGGAUGAGGCAAAUUCCUUCACAAACUUCCACCUUAAAGGAGUUCAUGAUGAUAUAAACAAUUUUCUUUUUGAACAAGUGAAUCAUUCAUUAGAGCUUCCACUACAUCGUAGAUUUCAAAGACUUGAAGCUAGAUGGUAUAUUGAGUUAUAUGGAAAAAGAAAGGAUGCAAAUAAGGUGUUGCUUGAAGCUGCCAAAUUGGAUUUCAACAUUGUGCAAUCAAAUCUACAACAAGAUCUUAUAGAAAUGUCAAGGUGGUGGAAGGGAAUGGGACUAGUUCCAAGGUUAAGCUUUGGUCGUGAUAGACUAAUGGAAUGCUUUUUUUGGGCUGUUGGAAUGGCGCCAUUGGAGCCCAAAUACAGUGAUAUCCGCAAAGCUUUAACUAAAGUAGGUUGUUUAAUAACUUUAAUCGAUGACAUAUAUGAUAUUUAUGGCACUUUGGAUGAAUUAGAGCUUUUCACAACGGCAGUAGAAAGUUGGGAUAUUGAUGCAGUUAAAAUUCUUCCGGAGUACAUGAAGAUAUUCUUUUUAGCACUCUACAACACUGUCAAUGAAUUAGCAUACAAUGCACUUAAAGAAAAUGGACAUGACAUCCUUCCCUACCUCGUCAAAGCGUGGUCUAAUAUGUUGAAAGCAUUUCUACAAGAAGCAAGGUGGUGUGAUGAGAAACACAUGCCAAAGUUUGAUGAGUACCUCAACAACGCAUGGGUGUCUGUGUCUGGUGUUGUUUUACUCACACAUGCCUAUUUUAUACUAAAUCAUACCACAACGAAGGAAGGGCUUGAAAACUUGGAAAAUUGUCGUUUGUUAUUGGAGAGACCCUCCAUUAUUUUUCGACUUUGCAAUGAUUUGGCUACUUCAUCGGCGGAGUUACAAAGAGGUGAAACUGUUAAUUCAAUUACGUGUUACAUGAAAGAAAAUGGUGUUAGUCAGAUGGUUGCUCACAAAUACAUCCAUAAUUUUCUUAAUGAAACUUGGAAGAAGAUGAACAAAGAUCGAGUUACAUAUUCAACUUUUCCAAAACAUUUUCUAGAAACAUUAACCAACCUUGCUAGAAUUUCUCAUUGCACGUAUCAAUAUGGAGAUGGGCAUGGAGCUCCUGAUACCAUAUCAAAGAAUCGAAUAAAGGCCUUAAUACUUGAACCCGUUAAUUAA